AUGAAAGGCAUCUCACCCGGACUUAUUCUCUACACGAAGCAUUGCCUGCUUCCAAAGUGGACCUCGCCCAUGGAUCCUAUCUCCGGAUAUGGCGACCAUAGUCUUCCUCCACCCUCAGCGAAGAAAAGAAAGCCGAGACCCAAGUUGUCAUGUGUUCCCUGUCGUCGAAAAAAGUUGAAAUGCAAUCGCAUUCACCCUUGUGAUAAUUGUAUCAAGCAUCACCGGGCCGAGAAGUGUCAUUUUGUGGGUCCACAGGCUGUCUCGAGCGGGGACUCCCACAGUAUCCACUACUAUAUUCACCGACUCGAGGCCCGUGUGCAACAGCUGUCUCAAGAAAGCCACCCAUCGCAGGUACCACAGCUUCCUGCAGAGCAUCAGCCACUGUCACUUCCAUCGGGAACCAUUCCCGAGUCCCAGACAGAUUAUUCGGGGACCAUCCUGAUCGAGCAAGAUGGGACGAGCUAUCACAAUCCUACCCACUGGCAAGCUGUUCUAGACGAGAUCUCCGAGGUCAAGGAGUUUCUCCAGAUGCAUGAGAGUACUUCACCCGAGGAUGUAGGGGAGGAGGAUUCAAUUCCUGAUGUUUCAGGCCCUGUACUUCUCUUCGGAAACUCUAUCUCCUCUAACUUCUCUGAGCUUCUCGCCGCUUUGCCUCUUCGCACGACAGCAGACAGGUUGAUCUCAUCCUAUCUGAACUCCAAAGAAGCCCCAUUAGUGCUUAUCCACACGCCAACGUUUACUCGAGAGUACACAGCGUUUUGGAAGAACCCUCAAGAAGCGUCCAUCAGUUGGCUAGCCUACUUAUACACCAUUCUGAGUGCUGCUGCUGGGUUGCAUCUGUUCACCACCUCAGGCAGGGAGGAGGGACAAUUUGCAGAAGCAUUUGAGGGGUAUUUCAGAUUGGCAUCGCAAUGCCUGACCGUGGCCGAGUACACCCGCCCAGGCAAAUACAAACUCGAAGCCCUCAUCUUGAGCAUCUGUUGUGAAAUCUUGAGGAGUGCCGACACCCAUGUCGGACCAUCAGUCCUGCUGGGAUUGGCAACACGUCUCGCGAUUCAUAGCGGCUACCACCGCGAUCCGAAGCAUUACCGCGAGAUCACAGCGUUUGAUGGGGAGAUGCGACGUCGGAUCUGGAUGUACCUCUGCCUGCUAGACCACUACGUCUCGUGUCAAGCUGGCCUUCCGCCGACCACAGGGCAAGCGCAAUCUGAUGUUGAGGAGCCACGAAACGUAACGGACGACGACCUAGAUCCUUCCGCCACAGCCUUGCCUUCGCCCAGACCUGCAACCGAGAAGACAUUGAUUCUCUUCCCGGUGACCCUCAACCGGAUAAUGUUCCUAGGGGCCGAGAUCAGCCGCAAGGUUUGCUCCGUCCAAGGUGUUCCCUAUCAGGAGGUGCUCGAUCUGGAUGCAAAGCUGCGAGCACUCCAUGCCGAUAUUCCACCCCCUUUGCGGUUUCGGCUGCCGAGCGAGUCCAUCGCCGACCCUCCAACUACAAUCAUGGACCGCUACAACAUCGAUCUCAUGUACCAGAAAGCUCGGUCGGACCUGCACCGCAGAUAUCUUACACAACAUCGCCUGGAUCCCCAGUACGCCUAUUCCCGCGGGGAGUGUCUCGAUGCAGCAAGACGGGUGCUGCAACACCAGUUUGAUAUCUUCAAUGAGAGCUCACCGGGCGGGCAGCUAAAUUAUGCCUCCUUCUUCUUCUCAUCCUGUGUGAUGAUGCAUUUCCGAGUCGCCGCGAUGAUUGUCUCUUUGGAGAUCUCUGGUCAAUCCCGCUAUGACCUCCAGCAGCACCUGCCGCCAUCUGUACGACAGGCUAUCCUUGCGCAACGACAGGAGCUUUCGCAAGCGCUGGAGCGAUCCUACAACAUCUGGAACCACCUCCGUCAUCAAUCCAAGGAGGCGCUGAAAACUGCGGAUGCUCUGCGCAUUAUGCUGCAGGUGGCGAACACCCACCUGCAACACGGUGCAACACCGGGCACGGACCGAUCCACUCUGGCUCCUGUCGAUACUGGAAUGCUUUACGCAUUCUCCGAACUCGAUCCAAUGCCGCCGCACUUGUCGACGGCUGCGUGUCAGGCUCAAAGCCCGCAGACUACUCGUUUUGAUGUGGACCUGAUGGAUGCCACGUUGUACUUUGGGCAGGAUGGCCAUCCGCAGCAUACAUACUUAAAUGCUCCUACUGAUACUGCCGACUUCUUUGACCGUUACUGGGAGAACCUCAUGGUGCUGGGAGACAGCCAAUCUUUUAAUGACAUCCUAAUGGACCAGAAUACACGUGAUGGGAUCGGCCAAUCUAGCAGCUGA